AUGGAUGUUAAGAAAAUUGAAGAACUGAAGCAGUUUAUUUCUCAGUGCAAGGAAGAUCCAUCCAUUUUGCAAAAACCCGAGUUUUCCUUUCUUAAGGAAUUUAUAGAAAGUUUCGGUGGAAAAGUGUCAAAACAUAAUGGAUUUUAUGAACACAUUCCAAGUGAAGAUAGCACAGAUGAGAAAUCUCUAAAUGAGGAAAAGGAAGAAGAUGAAGAUGAUAUAGAGGAAGAAGAUUUAGAAGAAGAGGAGGAACAAGAAGAGGAAGAAAAUAAUGAAGAUUUAAUGAAAGAAGAAACUAUUGAAUUCCCUCCAUUGGCACCCUCCGUUGAAGGAGAUUUAUCGGAAGAAAUAAUAGAAGAAAUUAGCAACUUAAAAUCGGAAGCUGUGAACCUAGUUCAAGAAAAUAAUUUUGAAGGAGCUCUUGAAAAGUAUAAUAAAAUAAUAUCAUAUGGAAAGCCAUCAGCUAUGAUAUAUACAAAACGAGCAUCCAUUUUGUUAAGCUUGAAAAGACCGAAAGCCUGUAUACGAGAUUGUACAGAAGCAUUAAAUUUAAAUAUAGAUAGUGCUAAUGCAUAUAAAAUUAGGGCUAAAGCAUACAGAUAUUUAGGAAAAUGGGAAAACGCACAUGCUGAUAUUGAACAAGGACAGAAAAUCGACUAUGAUGAAGAUUUAUGGGAAAUGCAAAAACUUAUUGAAGAAAAAUACAAAAAGAUUUAUGAGAAAAGGAGAUACAAAAUUAAUAAAGAAGAAGAAAAAAAAAGGAAAAAAAGGGAAAAAGAGUUAAAAAAAAGAUUAGCGGCUAAAAGAGCUGCAGAAAAAGCUUAUAAAGAAAACAGCAAAAGGGAAAACUAUGAUUCUGAUUCAUCCGAUUCAUCCAGCAGCCAGCCCGACUUUUCCGGAGAUUUCCCAGGUGGAUUCCCAGGUGGUUUUCCAGGAGGUAUGCCAGGGGGGAUGCCAGGAGGAAUGCCAGGAGGAAUGCCAGGAGGAAUGCCAGGAGGAAUGCCAGGAGGAAUGCCAGGAGGAAUGCCAGGAGGAUUCCCAGGUGGUUUUCCAGGGGGGAUGCCAGGAGGUAUGCCGGGAGGAAUGCCAGGAGGUAUGCCAGGGGGGAUGCCAGGAGGUAUGCCGGGAGGAAUGCCAGGGGGGAUGCCAGACUUAAAUUCACCCGAAAUGAAGGAACUGUUUAACAACCCUCAGUUUUUCCAAAUGAUGCAGAACAUGAUGAGUAACCCCGAGUUACUAUCCAAAUAUGCCAAUGAUCCAAAAUACAAAAAUAUAUUUGAAAAUUUUAAAAACUCGGAUUUGGGAAAUAUGAUGGGUAAGUCUUUUCCCAAAGAGAAAAAUUAA